CCCUCCCCGCGCACACACUCCCACACGCUCGCGCGGCCGCCUCUGCCUCCGCAGGCGGCUGAGGGGCACUUUUGAAAAUUAUUUUCUUUCCACACCCAGUUCGCUUCUGACAUCAUUCCUGCAGGAGGGCGGGCGGGAGGCAGCCGCCGCCGCCGCCGCCAGACGGUCGCAGCCCGCGCGGAGUGCUGCCCGCCGGCCCGCGCCCGCCCCGCGCCCCAUUUCUCUCAGACUAAAGCCUCCACAGAUCAAGGAUGUUGAUUCUCCUGGCUUUCAUUAUUGUGUUUCACAUAACCUCAGCAGCACUGCUGUUCAUCUCAACUAUUGACAAUGCCUGGUGGGUAGGAGACAAUUUUUCAACAGAUGUCUGGAGCAUGUGUACCACAAAUACUAGCACCUGUAUGGCUAUUACUGAUCAGUUCAGAGAAUAUCAAUCAAUUCAGGCUGUUCAGGCCACCAUGAUCCUAUCUACCAUUUUCUGUUGUGUGGCAUUUCUGGUUUUCAUUCUUCAACUCUUCCGUCUAAAGCAAGGAGAAAGAUUUGUGUUAACCUCUGUUAUCCAGCUCCUGUCAUGUCUGUGUGUUAUGAUUGCAGCUUCCAUUUAUACAGAUAGGCAUGAAGAACUACACAAGAGCAAUGAGUAUAGGAUUGAAGUUUCUGAAGGCCAAUAUGGCUAUUCCUUCAUCUUAGCCUGGAUUGCAUUUGCCUUUACUCUUAUCAGUGGUGUUAUGUACCUAAUAUUAAGGAAGCGUAAAUAAAUGUCAGCAGCUAGUUGUUUCUGUCACUACAGUACAAAACCAAAUUCCAAUAACCAUUUUGUAUAUAAUCAUUUACAUGGUUUUGUAGUAAAGGUAUUGUUUCUCUAAAAAUGUACUGUGUUCUUGAUAUGAAAUGGAAGUGAAUGAAAUGGCAGGUUUAAGGGAGUGCCUGGCACCUAUGGGUCAAGGGGCUGAGCAGGCCAGAGCUGAGUUGUUUCUUUUACGUAUUUUAUCAUCAUAAAUGGUUUUCCCUUCACUGGACAUUAACUGUUUAUUCCUGGCCUCUAGUAGAUGACAGAUAAAGCCUGAGCAAAUUGAUUUGUAAGCAAUAUGAUAACCAUAUUCCUGGACCAGAUUCAUCCUUUUGGAACGGGUUAAAUAUCAGGGGAGUAAGGAUGAGGCCUAGAUCACAGUGGAAAAGCAAAUCAUGAGAAAAGCCCAAAGCUGCACUCGGCGUGUCUGUUCUGGCAAAGGACUAGUGUUCUGCUCUUUAUAAUGUGCAGUAAGUGUCAUCAAGCUUUUAUUAAAACCACUUGCUUUGCAAAAGUAAACAA